AUGAGAUUGUGUGGUAAAUAUGGGAUCAGAUCGAAAGAAAAUCCGAAUAUCAAGAAUGCAGUUGAAUCUCCACCACCACCAAUAUCAUCUUCCAUAAGCACUUGUGGAUGUGUCUGUGGAGAAAGCGUAUCAGACAAGACAUGUCAACCCACUCUGAAUCAAAAUGAACAAUUUCCUAUACCAGAUGCUCGCGACCUUCCUCAAACGUCUUCUACACAUUCAUGGCAUAAAUCCAUGAAGAAGAGAAUACAUCGAUCUGUGGGUUGUUUUGGAUUCAAACGCCCUCCACUUUCAAAUACAACAUUCCACCAUGAAAAGGUAGAAUGGGGAAAUGGAACAAUUCCUGACUACAAUUCAGAAUGUCAAAAACUUGUUAAAACUCAGCAGGCACCAAUAUUUCCUAAUAAUCAAUUAUGGAAUGAUAAAAGCUAUUCGUUUUCAACUGCCACCUCUUCAGCAAACAAACAUGGUGUAGAUCAGAGCGGUACGGUGGAGUAUACAGCGUCUGAUGAAAUCACAACCGGUGGUAAGACGACCGGCUUACCAGAAUAUAAUUACAACAAAACCUGUAGACAACGUUCCACAGAUAUUUUUAGUGCUUCUGUAAAUUAUGCUUUUUCAAGGCCUAAAUCCUGUUUAAAAAAUUCCGUUGAUGUUCAACGACCACUAGAACAUUAUGAACAAGAAAAAAUUGUUAACCCUGCUGUCGAUUCAAACGCCAAGUUGGCGAAAAUUGGAAACCAACUAGACGGCAAACCAGAUAAUAAACCUAAUUUCCAGUGCAAUAAUAUUGAGAGUUCCAGUUCCAGUGAUGCAUUUAAUAAAGAUAUUUACCAGUAUUCCUCAGCAUCCUCCAUACAGUACUCCAAAGAGUCUGCUCCUGUUGUUAUUAAUAGAUGUUCAGAAGAAAAAGUUGUUCCUGAAUCAUCAUGUCCUAAUAUUUCUUCUUCCAUACGGCAAUUACAACACAUCAAUAGAACAUCUGUUAAGUCUGUUAACUUGGAGUCGGCAAUUAAUCCUUAUCAUCCAGUAGCACCAGUAUCGCCUGAUAUAGGAAAUCCUGCUUAUUUCUAUAUAGCUAAUGAACACCGAGAACUGCUUCAAGACGUACAGGCAACAAAAAUUAUUCUUUUACACUUAAAACGACUACUUAUUGAGACACCCGUUCCUGAGACAGAUGGUCUUUCUUCUACUAUACCACUGAAGAAAUAUGACUUUAAAGAUGUGUCUUCGUAUUCCUGUUCUCAUAAUGAUAAUCAGUUUCUACUAUCUUCAGAUGGUCAAUCAUUAUUAUUAUCAUCAUCAUCAAUUUACACUAAGCCACCAGUCAAUCGAACUGGACUUGAAGAGUUAAUUGAAGGUCUUGCUCAACUCAGCCAUAAAAAUUCAGAAGUUUUAUGCUGCAGAUAACACUGUAAGUGUUUUGUGGUUGUUGUUGGUUUUCUUAAAAAAGUUUUGUUCGGUUAUUUUAAGUGAAUUUAUUUUAUCCCAUUAUUAUCACUAUUAUUAUUAUUACUACUAUUAGUGAUCCUUUGGGUUUCGAGUGGAACACCAUAGGACUGGCUUCAACAACACCAUGUCUCCUCUUUCCUCUAUCUGCUACCAUCGUAUUCAGCUGACUAUCUUCACAGUUGCCUAUAUUCUGUCAUCUCCUCCUCGCCACACGAUCUUUUCCAUGUCACCCUCGAAUGGACGACCCACUCAUCCGUCGCUUCCCAUUUGGAUCCCCUUGGCACACAAUGUCAUUCGAUGGCCUCCUCCGAUGAAUCCAUCUCCAAUCCAUUUUCUCCUACAUAUUUGUUGAGCGAUCGGCUCUUAAUCGGUUGGUUUGUUCCACUACACAUUUUCUUGUUAUUGGUUCUUUCUGUCUGGCUAGCCAUUUGUUCUUCAGUAUGGAGCUAACCAUCCAGCCAGUCAGCGAAGGUGGCACCUGUUCAUAAAAGUCUUUAGUAGCCUAUUGGAAAUUCUUGUUGUGACACACUGGUCAAGUUUGUGACCCAUAUGGAAUAAGUGAUUGGUGCUCGUUAUUUUUGAUGUUGCCUUUAGUUGGUGGGUUAUCUUCAUCACCAUGUCUUCUCCAUGUUCACCUGAAUAGAGUCCUGUUUUCGAUGCCACUCUCUUCAGGGAGUUUGUUGGUUUUCGUCUUUAAUUUUUCGAAUUUAUGUGACAUUAGACAUAUAUCAUCCAGGCAUGAAAUUCAAAUCUUCUGGAGUCUUCUUAUCGGUGGUCCAGCGUAUUCCUCUCUCCUCGCUCCCCACUCACAGUCUGGCGUAUAAUCAAGUCUACAACGAUGAAGAAUAUCAUCGGUGAUAAUCGGUAGUCUUGUCUUACACGUGUAUUUGCUUGGAACGCCUCUCUGAGUUUUCCAUAUGUGGACCGCCUUACACGUGACAUUGUCAUAUAGCUGAAGUUGAGUGAGACUGAUAAAGACCACGGCACUCCACGCCGUAGUGUUGAAGUAGUUUCCAAAUCACUUUUUAGUUAACACUGUUUGUCGAAGGUCUUUUCGAAGUCGAUGCAGUUAAGGUACAGAUUUGAGUGCCAUUCUAUGCUUUGUUGUGUAAUGAUGACUAUGCGUGGAGUUGCAAUUUGAUCAGCACAUGAUUUGCCUUCCUGAAUCCAGCUUGUUCCGGGUGAUGGUUCUGGUGGGGUUCUGCAUCAAGUGCAUCUUUGAUUCUCUCCAGGGUGAUACGACUCAGUAUUUUACUUGUCGUAGACAAGAGCAUUACUCCACACUAUCCAGUUGUUGCGUUGGUGGCAUAGCGGUUAGGAUGUUUGCCGACCAUGCACAUGGUCUGGGGUUCGAUCCCGACCGGCGCAUUCCUUUACCUCGCUAAGCCAGAAA